UCUGGAUUAAAACACAACAUUAGCAAAUAUCUCAUCCACAAAUCUGGAACUCUGAGACCUUUUCUGUGUAGUUGCUGUACCUAUCGGACAACAGUCUUUGGCCUCUGGAGGAGUCAUUUUAUGAAAAAGCAUAAUGAUCUCAUCAUGGCUGCAGCUGAGACUGAAGACAAAGAUGAGAGUGAAGAGAGGUUUAAGGAGUCCUCUAAUUCAUCAGAGAAAAUGAACAGCUUGCCUGAAAUUGAUGAGCGACCUGAACUGAUUAAAGGAUCUCUGUACUUGGAGCCCCCAGAUGUGCGGCGCCAGUUAAACCACUACACCAUGAUGGCACAGAGCAGCAUCAAAUCUAAAAUGAACGUGCAACUUUCAAAAUUACCUGAGAACAGCGUGCUUCACUGUGAGUUCUGCAAUUUCAGCACUGGACACCUGUCUAGUAUCCGGCGGCACUGCCUAAAUUGGCAUGGAAAGAAAAUCCUCAGAUGUAAAGACUGCAACUUUUUCACAGGUUUAAGGAAAACUCUGGAAAUGCACAUGGAGACGGGUCACUCUACCUGCCAGUCAAAGCCUACUCAUCAGAAGGACCUCUGCUGCCCUUUCUGUCUGUACCAAACUAAGAACAAGAACAACAUGAUUGAUCACAUUGUCUUGCAUCGUGAGGAACGUGUAGUGCCAAUAGAGGUUCGUCGCCCCAAACUGUCACGUUACCCAGGCCAUCCCUAA